AUAGAGCGUGGUUGUCUUUAAAACUGUUGUGCUACAGAGUAAUACCACAGAAGGAAAACUUCCAGUCUACAGAGUAUAAAUCCUCUACACUAUGUCAUCUAACCAAUCAUUCAAAAACCAACAUGAAGAGGCCUACGCCUCCUUGACGAAAGGCCUGAAGGAGCUGGACCUACAGGGACCCUGUGUUCCCAGUGACCUGGUGCUGAUUGGAGACCAUGCCUUUCCUUUAGCAAUGAACAGCCGAGGUCAGGUGCUGAUGGCUGCCUCUCUGUACGGCAGUGGAAGGAUUGUGGUCCUGGGUCAUGAGGGCUACUUGACAGCCUUUCCUGCUCUGGUAGAAAAUGCUGUGACCUGGUUGAGAGGUGAUGGAUCUGAUAAGCUCUCUGUAGGGGUGCACAGAAAUGUCAGUGCAGUUGCUGAUAGCCUCCAAAAAUCCAGCUUCCAAGUAGAAGUUGUGGGAGCUUUCAGUGACAAACUGGGAGUUGGUGUUUAUGUGACCGAUGCCUACAGCGUGGGCUCAGACCCAACAGAGCUGGUGGCGUUUCUGAAAGCUGGAGGAGGGGUGCUGAUAGCUGGGCAGGCGUGGAGCUGGGCUGCAGAUCACCCCAAAGAGAACACACUGCAUCAGUUUGAUGGGAAUAAAGUGUCGGGAGUGGCAGGGAUCUACUUCACUGAGCAUUAUGGUGAGGUGGAGAACCUGCCUGUCUGCCCUCAGAUCCCGUCCUCCUGGAAGUCGUUAGAGACAGGAAAGGACUUCAAGGAUGACUUGGAGUUAUUACUCAAGGGGGUUUCAGAGUUCAACCUCCCGUCUGAUUCUCUAUUUUCUGAGGUUCUAGUCCACGGACCGCUAGCCUUUCCCAUCGGGACUACAGAAGAUGGAUGUCCAUUCCUGGCAGGAGCCUACUAUGGGCGAGGACGGGUCAUUGUGGUUACACAUGAAAGUUCUCUAGCAGUGGAGAGCAUGGCUCCAUUUUGGAGAAACGUCAUUCACUGGUUGGAUGAAGGGCGCAGAGGGGUUGUUGGUGUCAUGGUGAAUCCUGCACUCAAAGUUCUCAGCCAGUCAGGGCUGAAGUGUGAGAAGACAAACUUCAGGAAAGACCUCAGUGUGUUUGUGUGUAAAGCGUAUAUCACUGAGCAUUUGGAGGAAAUCCAAAACUUUGUGGCAGAGGGAGGAGGCCUGCUGAUUGGAGGACAUGCCUGGCACUGGGCGCAGACACAUGCUGGGCAAAAUCCACUUACAGAUUUCUCAGUGAACAAAAUGCUGAACCAAAUGGGAUUGAGCCUUUUGGGAGCAACAAUCCGUUCAGGAACAUACAAAGCUCUUGUACCCAGCUGGCCGAUUAAAGAUACUUACCACUUCCGCCACCUUCUAUACCGCUUCGUUGCCCAUGUGACUACAGGUGAAGAACUUAGCAAGCAUGAGGAGGGAUGUCUUCAAAAGCUGGGCAGUGACUGUGAUGCUUACUUGCACACAAAGGCACAUGGCUCCUUCUAUUACACUCAAGUGUUGGCUGCUCUCACUGACAUGUUAAAGAGGUCAGGCCUGCCACAGGUGAGUGACAGCUGCCCUGCAAAGACACCAAAAGACAAACUACUCCUCAGUGUGGGAUCACCUGUAUACAAGUUUUGCCCAAAUCCUGAGGCCCUCCUGCCCUACCUCAUCAAGGAUAAUCCACUGAUGCCAGACGUCCAUAACCACAGGCUCAAGAUCGAUGUUAACACAGAAGAUGGGAAAGAGUGGAUCAGCACUGGUCUCUACCUCUCUCCUGGUAUGAGUACCUACAUGGUCAUGCCAGCUGAGACUGUCAACAAGCACUGGAAGAUUCAGAUAGGCUGUCAAACUGAUGACCUACAUAGAAAGGAUGAGCUGAAGAGGCCACCACGUGUUUGUGAGCGAUUUCCUGUCACUUCAGAGAUGAUGCAUGUGUCCAACCUGUGGGGGGGACUUAUUUACCUGGUGGCCCCACCCAACACACAAGUGAAAGGGUUGGAGAUCACAGUCCAGAAAGCUGUAACUGCUCCAUAUUACAAGUCUGGUGUAACAACUGCAGCUGAGUGGUCAUUGCUGCGCACGGCUCCUGGGCCCUGGGCAGAGUUGGAGUUUGAAAACAUCGUCCUCACCGUACAAUCAGAUGCUGUUCGGGGUCUGGAGCACCCAGACAAGGUGGCCGCUCUCUGGGAUGAAAUCAUGAGGGCCAUUGCAGAUCUGGCUGCCAAACCACACAAAUUUCCCCGCAAGGAGCGCUUUGUGACAGAUGUGCAGAUUUCUGCUGGCUGGAUGCAUUCAGGUUAUCCCAUCAUGGCACACCAUGCUUCAGCUGCUGAAGUUGUUGAUGUUAAAAAAGGUAAUCAAAUGUGGGGGCCCAUCCAUGAACUGGGACACAACCAACAGAGAAGCUGCUGGGAGUUCCGACCACACACCACAGACGCUACAUGCAACCUGUGGUCAGUGUUUGUGAAUGAAGAGGUGCUGGGUCUCAACAGAGCACAGGCUCAUGGUUUUUUGACUUCAGCUAGACGAAAGACUCGAGUAGAGGAGUACAUCAAGGGAGGCAAGAAACUCAGUGAAUGGAAGGUAUGGGUAGCCCUGGAAACAUAUCUGCAGCUCCAGGAAAAGUUUGGCUGGGAUGCCUUUAAGAAGGUGUUUGCUGCGUACCACCACAUGAGCAACAUUCCCAAUGACAAUGACUCAAAGAUGAACCUGUAUGCUGAGACUUUCUCCCAGACUGUGGGGAUGAACCUGACUGGCUUCUUCAAGGCCUGGGGCUGGCCCAUCGAAACAGCCACUGAGGAAAAAUUGUCCCAGCUGCCUCCCUGGAAUGAUCACCCCAUGACCCAGUACAAAUGAUCUAAACACGACUGCGGAAUAAAGAAAAGUAACCAGUGAAACUUUAGUUCAUUAAACGUUUUAUAUGAAUCUUUUUAUAACAUUUAUUGCAUGCAGACGAACGUUGCAGCUUUUUUCACAGUAUUUGCACUGAUCAUUUGCUCCAAAUGAGUAUCCCUCCAAUUUAGCUAGAUUUCUUUGAGUCAACUUGAACAUUAACAUGUCCUCUGUGCUAAUUUUUAUAUCUGGGAUUGUAAGAGAGGAGGUGAAGAACUGUAAGUUGGGUUGCAGUAUAGAGGAGCUAAAUAUUAUUAUUGCUGUUCCUCAAAGUGAAGAUCUGUUGCCAUAAUGUCAAAACGGCUUAGCUCUGUGAAUUAUAAGAAGGUAAUUAUUUAGCAAACACACAGAUGGCAGCUGGAUUGUGAGUUGUGGUUAUGCUGUUGCUUUUUGGUUUAAUCAAUAAUCAUGUUUUUAAUGCAGCAAGUAGCAUUUCAGUAAGUCUUUGAAAUUCUGUAACCCAUAAUUAUCACUCUGUAAUAACCAUGUAAUACUUUCACUGAACUUUGAACUAUCGCUAUGGGACAAAACUGGACUCAUUUUUUUGCCUCUUAGUUGAGAACUGAUGCACACAAUAAACAAUAGUUGUAUAAUUAAGUCUGUUGUUUUUUUUACUAUAUACACCUUCCUGCAACACAGGCUGUUUGUUUUCCUUUUCAGACAUAAUUAUGAUGAAGAAGCCAUCAUUCACAGCCUUGCUCCCAGCCCUUACUACUUUAUAUGCAUUUAUUUCCUUCCACGCCCACAUCAACAUACUCUUGCCUUCCUCUGACAUCGCUACAUUGUGCAUAUGAUACAGUCAAUACAUAUGCUCACUGAUCAACUAUCAAAAUUGCCACACUCUUUUCUUAGCAGGAUAAAUUUAUUUGCAAAACUAGUCACUGGUGCCCAAUGCUCAACCUCUACAGCAGCAAUAAAUUUUAAAUGAAACAACUGCAGUGCAGAUUUUCAGUAUGUUAAUUAAGUGGGGUGAACAAAAAGAUUGCAUAACAAACACAAUCCCUUCAUUUCAGGGGGUGAAAAGUAAUUGGACAAAUAAAAUGUUCAUUUCUAAUACUUGGUUGAAAAUGCUUUGCUGGCAAUGACAGCCUGAAGUCUUGAACUCAUGGACAUGCUGGGUUUCAUCCUUUUUAAUGCUCUGUCAGGCCUUUACUGCAGUGGCCUUGAUUUAUUAAACUCCUGACUUCCUUUGAAUGCAUGUUUUUGUCAUUGUCCAUCUAUAUAGUAAAACAGCACCCAAUCAAUUUGACUGCAUUUAGCUGAGCAGACAUAUGUCUCUGAACACCUCAAACUUCAUUCGGCUGCUUCAGUCCUGUGUCACAUCAUCAUUAAACACUAGUGUCCCAGUCCCACUGGCAGCCAGUCAUGACCGAGCCAUCACACUGCCUCUGCCAUCCUUCUGGUAGAUGAUAAUCUUGAUUUCAUCUGUCCAAAGAAUCUUUUUCCUAAACUGUGCUGGCUUUUCUUUGCAACUUAAGGAUGGCUUGUUUUUCUGCAUGGAGAGCUCCUUUGACCGCAUGUUGUCUGUUCACAGUAAACUCUUCCAAAUGCAAGCACCACACUUAAAAUCAGCGACAGGCCUUUUGUCUGCUUCACUGAUAAUGACAUAAUGAAGGAAUUGCCCAUACCUGCAUUUGAGUCAAUUGUUCAACUAUUGUUCCCUUCAAAAAUAGGGUGGCACAUGUUAAGGAGCUACAACACUUAAGCACUUCAUCCAAUUUGAAUGUGGAACCUGAGAGUCUACAUAUCAUGUCCAUGACCAUUAUAUAACUAUAAUUGGCAUAUGUUUCAGUAAACAGGUAAAAAAACAAAAAAAAACAAACUUGUGUCAGUGUUGAAAAACAUAUGUACCUAACAGUAUGUAUAUGAAGAGUUGCUGAGCCUCAGCUGGGCUCAGGCAGUUUGAAUCACUCAUAAGUCUGUGAUUGUAUCAUUAUUUCCUCUUCUUUUUUGUCAUAGUUUUUUCUUUUUUUUAAAUGAGUGCAGUCUCCCAAACAGAGGGUCAUCCCUGACCUGACUGAAACUGGAAACUCAGUAUUGGAACAUGUGGGUGGUCCUAAAGCCACAUGAAGCUCAGUGAGCUGGGACUCGUGGAUCCUCCAGGCAUUCUGGCUCAGCUUGGGAUUCUGAAGAACCACAUUCGUCUGGGUGCCGUUGAAGCUAGGG